CCGGCACGGUGCAAGCGACGCAAUUGGGCGCGACGGCGAUGAUCAUGCCGGCGACUGUCACUGUCACUGUAGACUGUACGUGUGAUGUUUGCAGUUGCGGACUACUGACUUAUGAUUGCAUCGCGUUUUCUCGUUGUGUCGUGUUUCACCAGCGUUUCUAACCUCGAAUCAUGGGCGACGCUGAACAAGACCCGGGUGACCGAAUCGACGGCGACAAUCAGAAGAAUGAUAAGAUGUUUACUCUGAAGAAAUGGAAUGCCGUAGCAAUGUGGAGCUGGGACGUCGAAUGUGACACUUGUGCCAUAUGCAGAGUUCAGGUUAUGGAUGCCUGUCUACGGUGCCAGGCAGAAAGUAAGAAGGAGGUUUACGGCCGGCAAGACUGCGUGGUCGUUUGGGGCGAGUGCAACCACUCAUUUCAUUACUGCUGUAUGUCGCUUUGGGUUAAACAAAACAAUCGUUGCCCAUUGUGUCAGCAAGAAUGGUCUAUCCAACGAAUGGGAAAGUAAUCCUUGCGUAUGCUAGUAACUAAUUUCAUCGCAGCUUCUAAUUUUCUUACGAUUAUUAUAAUUAAUCAGAAUAGAUCAUGGAAAAAAGCUGUUACUCGUUGUAACGCAUCUUAAUGAAUCUUGAAUUUAUUUUUGUUUUUGAAAAUUUUUUUACAGUGAUAAUCAGAA